AUGUCCCCUGCCGGCACCAGCGACCGGCCUCGUCGGUCUACACGCGCACCAGCAAAGGCUGUAACUAUCGCCGCCCCGGCCUCGCCUGCCGAAAAGAAGGGCAAGCAGCGCGAUCCUGAGGCGCAGCUCGAGCACCUGUUGACGAACAGCAGGAGCAAGCUGACUACUAUCGACAUUGCUGACGUCAUAAGCUACGAGAACUUCUUGGACCUGUCUGAGGAGUCGAAGGAGCUGCUGUGCUCUCUGCUGCCGCCGACAGCGUUUUUGACGCACAUACCUUCCGUGAACCCAUCACACCCGUCGGGGAGUGUUGCUUUGUCGUCUACUUGGGGCGCAGACAUUGAACGGAGCCCGGCAACGCUCGACCCGGCGUUCUUCACAAGCCCGUUUCUGCUCGGCGCGGCGCAUGCGUGGCAGGACCACAUCUACUCUGGCUUCUUCUCUGCCAAAUCCCAGGAUUCGCUCGCCAAAUACUCUGAGGGAGUCCAUAAUGGCAUGCUCCGUGCAGAGUGGAAGGAUGAGGCGUGGAUGCGCGAGCACCCUCCGCCAAAGCGUCCUGCCUUGUACAAAGAGGACCUGGAUAUAAUCGAACUUGUCAAGUCAGGAGUGAUCAGAGAAGGCGAUGUAAUCGCGUACAAGAGACACUUUCCUAACCUCUCGAUCACAGUGGAGAAGGACAUGCUCGUACAGAAAGCGAAUCCUGCCGACGGCACUCUCGCGGUUCUGCUCCAACCUGGUAGCGCGCCGUCGCUCCCACAGGAUCUGCUCGUGGUCGCACCGCCGAACCCGACACCGCCAACGCUGACGAUUGAAGAUAUACUGUCUUCGAUGGACCUCGAAGACGCUCUGCUGGAUGUUGACGGCCGGAUCUCGCGCGACCAGCGCGCUGUGACGCCAAUAACGAAGGCUCUGACAGUGUUCCGCUGGCGGGAUGAGGUGAUGUGCGACCUGGAGAUGCAGAUGUCGAUGGAGAAGGGUGCUAGAGAGCGAUGUGGCUCUGUGUGGUAUCUGCGGAGGUCGUAAGAUGGAAUCCACCGAGAGUCUCAUUCAGGUCUAUUUUUCAUAGAGAUGCUGUAAUGGAGGACAUCAUGGCGAACGCGACCUGUCGUGUUCCAUCGCAUGCUUAUCGCGCGC